UCCAUGCGUUAACGAACCUUCAUCAAUCAAACUCAUAUCAAAGUCUAAAUAUCACAAAGAAAAAAAGAGUUUUAUCUUAUAGCGUAUAGCUGAAAGUAUUUGCUUAAUCGAAGAAGAAGAAGAUGGCGUCUUACCAGAACCGUCCAGGAGGUCAGGCCACUGACGAGUAUGGAAACCCGAUCCAGCAGUUGGACGAGUAUGGAAACCCUAUUGGCAGCGGAGCACACGGUGGUCUAGGAGCCACUGGCGGAGGAGGUUACGGAACUGGCACCGGUGGUACCUAUGGAACUGGUGGCCAAGGAUACGGAACCGGAACCGGGACCGAAGCCUUUGGAACAGGCGGAGGAGCUAGGCACCACGGCCAAGAGCAACUCCACAAGGAAAGUGGUGGUGGCUUGGGAGGAAUGCUUCACCGCUCCGGAUCUGGAUCCAGCUCUAGCUCGGAGGAUGAUGGACAAGGAGGCAGGAGGAAGAAGGGAAUAACGCAAAAGAUUAAGGAAAAGUUGCCAGGUCAUCAUGAUCAAUCUAGUCAUCAAGCUCAAGGAAUGGGUGGCAUGGGAACCGGAACUACCACCGGAUACGAUGCCAGCGGUUAUGGUGGCGAGCACCACGAGAAGAAGGGGAUGAUGGACAAGAUCAAGGAGAAACUUCCCGGCGGUGGUGGCCGUUAAGCUUUACACAAACAUGUAUACAUAUUAAAUACUAAUAAAAUAAGGAGGGUUUGUAACGCAGUCGCAUUUGGUCGUUGUAUGUGUGCUUUUUAUGUAUGUACGUCCUGCGAUGUGUGCUGGCUUAUAUGAGUGUGGGUGAGAGAUACAUGAGUGUGUCAUGAGCAUCUGGCUCUUUUUAAGUUAUGAGAUGUCUGUUUUAUGUAAUUUCGUAUCAUAAAUCUAUAAAUCUACUUUCUUGUUA